ACGUACAGCCUGGCUUCUGGGUGGGGAUACGGGGUGGUGCGCUAGGGGCUGGGCUCGUGUGGUGUUUAUAUCGAUCGUCGCUGCUCGUGAAUUCAUGUCCUUUCUCGCGCCCACACACACCGUUUACAACUAAGCUUGACUGUCUAGUUUGACGACGCCUGCUGUAUAGCCAACACAUAUCGCUGCAUACACUCCUACCUCACGUACUUCUACCCACACGCAACCGCCAAAAUGUCCGCCGCCUCGCUCUCCACCGCCGUCUCCUCCCUCCUCUCCUCCGCCCUCGCAACCCAAACACCCCCCAGCGCCUCCUGCUCAACCGCAGACUUCACCCGGUUCCCCACCCCAGACGUCGCCUGCGCAAUCGGCAGCACCACGUCCUCCCUCCCGAGCAACGCCUCCGCGGUGCUCGCGCACUGCUGCAAGUCCGCGCCCGUCGAGCGCUUCAACGGCGACUGCGGCUUCUACUGCCUGUCUGUCGCGCAGUCCGUGGCGGAUCUGCAGGGCUGCUUUAUGCAGGAGGGGAUUAAGCCGCAGGUUAUUUUUUGUAAUGGGACGAAUAGUGCGACGGCAACGGGGUCGCCGAGUGGGGGUGUGAGGGAGACGGGGGGUGCGAGUGGGACUGCGAGUGCGAGUGCCAGUGGGACUGCGAGUGCAGCGGCGAGUGGGAGUCCCGGGGUGGCGGCGGGCGUGGUGGUGCCGCGGGUUGGGACGGCGGGGUUCGGGGUGUUGGUUACGGUUGUGCUGUCGGUGUUUGCGGGGGCUAUGUUGUAAGGGGUUGGCUCUGGGGUAAGGGAUUGAGGGCUUUGGUGUGGUUGCUGGGGGAUGGAUGCGUAUGAUAACUUACCCUCCUAUAUCAUCGGCAUAUACAGUUCACAUCAUACUCCCCAAAACUUGAA